AUGUCGAGCGUCGCGGACUCUGAGCGCGACUCGCGGUCCCGGGAGGCCCUGGACCGCGCGAAGGCGAAGGUCGUGGCCAGGUUGGGUGGGGGCCGUGUGGCGCGCGAGGCGGCCCUGCGCGCCGCCCGCGCCCGCGCCACCGGCGCCGACAGCGUCGACACCAUGUUCGAGUACCGCCCGGAGAAUCCGUUCAAGCCCAGCUGGGAGGCUGAAGCCCCGAAAUCCCCCACUGCGCCCGGGGCGAGGCCGCUGGGCGAGCACAACGGUCCGAAGCAUGGCGACGACGGGAGCGAGGUGCCGCCCCCGCAGCCAGCGCUGAUGCAGACGCAGCAGCUGCCGCGCCAGCAGCCGCCCCCGAAGCCGUACCGCAGCACGGAGGGCCGCGGGGGCCUGACGCUGUCCAUGCCCGACUGGAAGCGCGCCCAGCCGGGUGCCGCGCAUGCCGCCCCGGUCAAGGACGCCGCGUUCGAGGCGCUGGCGCCACGCUCAGUGUCGUUCGACUGCCUGCACCCCGCGCUGGCGGACGAGCACUUCCUGCGGACCGACGACCACGAGGAGGCGCUCGCGGCGGACAAGACGCGCCGCGGGUUCGCGGUCGAGGCCGAGAGGAAGCACAUCCAGCGCAUGCGGGACCGCGAGUUUGCACGCAAGGUGUACCACGAGGCGCCGCGCGGCGGGCAGCGCGAGGGCACGCCGACGGACAAGAAGCUCCGCCAGCUGCAGCGCGAGGGGCAGCGGUGGCGCCGCGAGGCCGCCGCGGCACGGCAGCGCGCGGGGGACGCCAUCGAGGCCUCGCAGCGGGCGACGCGCCGGGCGUCGCGCGAGGGCCUGGCCGCGGACAAGGCGCCCGGCGCGCCGCGCAGCCCCGCCGCGGGCCUCGAGAGCGGGUUCUCCGCCCGCAUCGGCGACAUCAAGCGCAGGAUCCAGCUCCACGCCGCAGAGGGCGGCGUGAGCAGCAGCCGGGCCGGGUCGUCCCGGCACAGCCCGUCGCGGUCCCGGCGGCGCACGCGCGUCAUUCCGAUGCCCGAGAGCGACGACCCGCGCACCCUCGCGGACUUCCUCGCGGACCAGGCGCGCAAGGCGGGCGACAAGGAGCUGGCGGACAUCCUGGCGAAGAUCGUCGCGCUGUCGCGGCAGGGCGAGCAGUUGGCGCAGGGGGACAUCGACGAGGACGAGACGGUCACGGCGGAGGCGAAGUACGUCGAGGAGCGCGCGCGGGAGUACUUGGCGGAGCUGGACGAGGCGAUGCGGCGGCGGAGGGCCAAGGCGCUGGCGUCGGGGGACCCGGAGCACGCGUACAACAGCGACGAGGAGCGGGAGAAGGACGCGGAGGAGCGCGAGCGGCUCGAGCAGGAGCUCGCGAAGCCGGCGGAGCAGCGGGACGCCGAGCGCAUCGAACGGCUGAUUCGCGAGGAGGAGGAGGCGCUCGCGAAGCUCGAGAACGCGUGGGAGAAGCAGGACGCGUGGAUGGACGCGUACCGCAACCAACCCAAGGUCCAAGUCCAACGCCGGAGCACCAUCAUGGGCCGCCUUUCGUUCAUGGGCGGCGGCAGCAGCCACGGCGCGUCACCGCAGCGGCAGGCACGCCCCUCGGAGGCGUGGGCCUUGCAGUCACCGAGGCCGACGGGCGCUGGCGCCGCGACUCUCCGCGAAGUCGCCGAGUCAUGGGAGCCCGGGUCGCCAGCGAGGGACCAGGGGGGUCCCAGCAAGCCGGCAUACAUCAAGAACCCCAACACGACGGACCUCGACGAGGAGCUGCGGCCGUUCGUGCCGCAGUACGCCAGGGCCACGUACGAGCACGGCGUCGUCCGCCCCGGCGAGCACACCACGGGCCUGGACAUCGUGCAGGCCUUCAAGGAGGUCGAGAAGCCCCCGCCGACCGUCCCGAAGCCGUUCUCCUUCGAGCUCCGCGAGAAGAAGAAGUCCAUCAUGCAGGCGCGCCUCGAGCAGGACCUCGAGGUCCGGCGGCAGGAGGAGCUCCGGGCGUCGCAGCGCACCUUCCGCGCCAACGACCUCCCGGCGUCGACGACGGAGCCGCGGUUCGAGGCGAUCAUGGUCGAGCAGGAGGUGAAGCGCGCGACGCAGCACCAGCGGUCGCUCGCGAAGGCGUGCGGCAUCGCGAAGCCGUUCGCGUUCGAGGAGCGCGAGCGCGAGCGCGAGGCGGCGCGCGCCGCGGCGAUCGCGGCCGCGCGCGACCCGAACCGCUUCCAGCGCCGCUUCAAGGCCAACCCGAUCCCCGCGAGCAUCCGCGAGGAGCGCUACGGCGCGAUGGUCGCCGGCCUCGAGGAGCGCAAGCAAGCACUGCGGCAGCGCGCCGAGGCCAAGCUGGCGGCGAGCCGCAUGCCGCCGCGGCUCGAGCAGUACGCGCAGCAGGAAGCCGCGGAGCGCGCGGAGGCGGCCGCGGACGCGGCCGCGGCGCAGCGGGCCCGGCGGGUGUCUGCGGGCGGCGGCGCGGACCCCAAGCUGUGGAAGAAGAAACACAUGACGCGGAAGAUGGGGUCGGUGCCGGACUUCCAGCGGCUGCAGGCGGAGUUCGCGGCGCAGCUGGCGCACGCGAAGGCGCGGAACGCGGCCCGGCAGACGGUGCCGCGGGACUUUGCGCUGACGGGGGCGACGGCGGAGGAGCGGGAGGCGGCGCGGGCGGCGGACGCGGAGCGGCGGCGGCGGCGGCACGCGCACGACGACAAGCUGCGGGAGCUGCGGUGGCCGUACGCGUCGACGCGCGAGAAGGUCCGGCCGACGCCCCCCCCUGCGGAGUACGGCCCGACGCCGUUCCGCGUGUCGGACACGCGCGCGAACGUGCUGCGCCGCGAGCGCGUCAAGGACGACGCCGAGCGCGGGCGCUACAUGGAGGCCGAGGAGCGCCUCGCCGCGGACCGCGCGCGCUACGAGCGCGAGAUGGAGGCGCGCCGUCGGGCGUACCUGCGCAUGAAGGCUGCGCGCGACAAGGCGGACGCGGCGGACGCGGACGCGGACGAGGCGGCGGGGCUCGGCGGGGUCGCGGAGGGGGCCGUCGCGGACGCCGCGGGCGCGGACCGGGCGCUUGCGUGGCAGAAGCGGCAGCACGAGGCCGUGCGGCGGCAGGAGGGGCAGGACAAGGCCAAGGAGGGGGCGGAGGAGGCGCUGCUGGACGCGGGGAUGGAGGCGUACCGGUACGUGGAGGGCGUGCACGUGUCGCGGGUCGGGCAGCACGGCGCGGUGGUGGGAUCGCGCGACGCAGUGCACAAGGUGCGGCAGGGGGUGGGAAUGCAGCUGGGGCACGACUGGGGGUGCGAGCGGUGCGAGUGGGGGGAGUCUGGGGAGCCGUGCGGGAACCCGAAGCCGCUCGGACGGAUCUGCGUGAAGCUGGAGCCGCGGGACUGA